CAACAUACAUAAUAAUAUACCAGCGAGGUGCUCGUCAAUUUUCUUUCACUUUAGAAAUUUAAUUGACCGAAUUCGUAUGGAAGUUCGCGUCUGUACUUAUGUAAUUACUGUUGUUUACGCUUCGUAGUGAUAGUUGCAAUGGACCUGUCCGGGUUUUGUCGGUACUGUCUGACGGAAGACGACGCAAAAACGCCCAUAGUCGAAGAUCCUGACGGUCUGGCUGAGAAAAUAAAUAUGUGUUUACCGAAUAAAUUUUCAGAAGAAGACCCGUUCCCAAAAAUGAUAUGUAACAGUUGUCAUAGAAAACUUUUGGAGACUUAUAAUUUUUUUAUGUGCAUCCAGGACACCGAGAAUCAUUUUCGCGGCAUCUUGGAUCAAAUGAAUCAGCCACCAAGUGAUUGUGAUGUAGAGAAGCCAACAGUUAGAAGACCAAGCAAAAGAAAGUCUGGACCUUGUAAACGUUUGUCUGUUAAAUCUCCCAAGAAAACUGCUCAUGCUGAGAUUGUAGUUAAAAAUGAAGAUCAGAGCAAGUCUGUGGAUGAACCCCCAGAUAGUUCGACAGAAAAACAAGAUAAGCCUCUGCAUGUAUGUGAAAUCUGUGAUCGUACAUUUCAAAAUCUUUUGGCAUUUAACACUCAUGUUUUAAACCAUAAUAAUGAACCUCCUACUAUUUCAUGCGAGUCGUGUGGUUAUACAACACAGCAUCGAUCUUCUAUGUACCGUCAUCAAAAACGUCAUCUAAAACAGUCAAAGUAUACAUGUUCAGAAUGCAACAAGAAUUUUAUUACAGAAAGUUCACUAAAUGAACAUAAAAAUAAGCAUACUGGUGAUAAGCCGUUUAAAUGUGAGUCAUGUAAAAAAUCAUUCUCAUUAUCUCGAUACUUAGCAACACACAUGCGCCUUAUACACGGUGACACAGUAUCAUAUGUGUGCACUCAAUGUGGGCGUAAAUUUGAUGAUCGUAGCUCACUAGCUUUACACCGUCGGACACAUAAAAGAGCCAUGUCUUGUCUUUGUGACAUAUGCGGCAAAGAAUUAUCCAGCAGAGAACAUUUGAAGUUACACAAACGAUUACACACUGGAGAGAAACCAAAUGUAUGUAGUUUUUGUGGUAAAGGUUUUGCAAAACAAUGUACGUUAGUAUUACAUCUUAGGACUCACACUGGUGAAAAGCCAUACCAAUGUGAUCAGUGUGGUAAGACAUUCUCGCAGCGGUCUUCUUACGUAAUUCACUAUAGAAAACAUACUGGUGCAAGACCUUAUGUGUGUGCUUGUGGUAGUGGUUUUGUAUGCAGAGCAAUGUUAACUGCACAUGAAAAGACAUGUGCUUUUGUUUUUCCUAUCAACAUGUAUCAAAGCAUGUAUUAACUUAACUUAUUAACUUUUUUAAUCUUUAUACAAUGUAUUAUUGUUUCUGUAAUUAUCUUUGUUAUGACCUUUGAAUUAUGAUUAUUAUUUAUAAUACAUAUUUUUUGUUUUGAAAAAGCCAUAAAUUUUGAGUCCCCUACCAAGUGUUCACUUCUGUAUGAUGGAAUUUUUUUUUUAUUUAAUACUAAAGAUGUCAAAAUAGUAGUCAACACUAAAUGAAAUAAUGACUCAUUCAUUUUUAUGCUUUACAUAUUUUAUCACUUGGAAUUUGUAUAGUUAGUCAAAUUAAAUAUAUUUUUUUUUGUAUGGUACGUACAUGGGAGUAUGUCCAAAGGCCUAGUUAGUUCGCCUGUUUGGCAGAUAUAUUAUUGAGCACACGUAAGUUUCUGCCAUUCCCUAUUUAGGAGGAAUGGUGGUCUUUUACACUUGGCAGUCGUCUGCUCAGAGAGAGAUGCCGCCUGUGGCUGGGUUUGUACCGGCAGCUAAAUACAUUUGAACUGCCACCUUAGCCCUAUUGGCCACUGUGCUCCAAUAAAAUAUUUAAUACUUAUGAUUAUUUUUUAAAAAAUACACUGUUCAUUAUUAUAAUAAUUAGGUUAAUGCCUGCAUUAGUAUGGGCUGCACAAUUUUCAAAGAAUAAUUUUAAAUAUUUAUUUUGAGGGAAUUGGAACUAUUUAUUUAAUACUUAAAUAUAAUAUUAUUUUAUUAUUUAUUUCACAUUAUAUAAUUGGAAGUAAUAUUGAUGAAUGAUGAUGAUAAUUUAAUUAAAUUGAUUUGAAAUGUAUACUCUUUAAUAUAUUUACAGAGUGUCCCCAGGGCUAUCAAAAACAAAAUAAAUGUUGUGACGUCAACUAACAACUAACCACAUUCUAACAUUAAAAUAUUGAAAAUGUUCUCUAAAAAUUUUUUGUGUAUAUUGUAUGAUAUAUAUAUAGGAGGAUUUUGAGUUGGAAUUUUUAAGUUUAUUUAAGAGAUUAAAAUAUUUUCUUCCAAAUACAAUUGGUUGUCAUUUAUAAGAGAUUACGGUAAAACAAUAGGUUAAUGACUCACUAUUUUAAAUUAUUUUAUCUUUAUGGGACACUCUGUAAUUAAACUUGUGUUAAUUUGAAAACGGGUAUUGUAUUACCAAACUUAAAGGUUAUGGACACGCUUUGUUUCAUUGUGCAAUACUAUGUUUAGAUAUUUUUGAGAAUAAAUUAUUGUAUGAUAUUAUUAAAAUAA